AUGAUGUUUGCCUGCGCGCUGCCCCUGAUGUUCUGGGGAGACGCUAUACUAUACGCCGUACACAUCCUCAACCGGAGCCCUACGCGAGCAAACGCAAAGAGAGCGUCACCACUCGAGGUGCUGACGGGCAAGACGCCGGAUCUGCGUGGAUUUGUCAUUUUUGGAUCCCAGUGCAGCGUGUAUAGAGACCCGCGCAAGAACUCGCUGCUGCAGCGCUCGGGGCGCGCCAUCAUUGUCGGCGUCAGCGAAGAAACGAAGGGCUACAAGGUGCUGCUGCCGCGUGACAAUAAAGUGGUCGUCACGCAGCACAUCAAGAAUAUCGAGAAACUGACGGAGGCGCAAAAGGCGCAACUCCAGCGCGCGAUGGACGUCGGCGAUCGAGCCGGAGGCCAGGAGGAAACGGACGCGCCAGCAGCAGCAGUGGCGAACGAUGGUCGCGCAGAGGGCAACAGGGAGACGCGUAAAAGCAGAAAGAGAUGGACGCGAAAGGCGCAUGGAACACGCGGGGCGUUGAAACGAGCAGAAGCGGCUGCUCGUCAGGAGGAGACAGCCGCGAGCGGAGAAGUCGUAAAUGCUGCUUUCGAGCAUGAUCCGCUUAACUACGGACAGGCGAUGCGCAGCGGCAAGCGCGAAGGGUGGAAGAAGGCGAUGCAAGAGGAGAUCGCCGCGCUCGAGGCCAACGACACCAAGACAGAUGCACAGGGCGACCUCGAGCGGCUGAAAGCGCGACUGGUGGCGUGUGGCAACGAACAGGUGCUUGGCGUCGACUACACGCUCACCUUCGCUGCCGUGAUGGAUCUAUCGACGCUCAAAGUGAUCCUGGCGCUUGCGGCUACGUGGUGGGUGCCUGCCAAGCACGGUGACAUCCCCAACUCCUACGUUAAAGCGGACAAGGAGCCGCACCUGCGCAUCUAUCUACAGAUGCCGCGCGGCAUGCCAGUCUCGAAGGAGACGCUACGAGCACAAGGCGUUUCGAACACGAGCGAGCUGGUGCUGGAGCUGCGGAAGAGCCUUUACGGGCUCAAGCAGGCAGGCCGGCUGUGGAGCCAGCUGCUGCACUCGAAGCUCUCUACUGCCGGUUUCACGCGGUUUGAGAGCGACAUGUGUUUUUACUGGAAGCGCGACGGCGACGACCUUGUCGUGGUCAGCGUGUAUGUCGACGAUCUUCUAGCGACAGGGACGAGCGCGGCGGCGGUCGAGCGUUUUUUUGCAAGCCUCGCGUCGCUGUCGAUCAAGGACCUGGGGCGUGAGGAGGCCAUAAGAGACCUCUUGCGCGACAACGGACUCGUUGAAGCCAACUCGACGUGGACGCCGAUCGACGACAGCUGCUACGAGUUGGAGGAGGGCGACGCGGAGCUUCUUGGGACGCCAAGCGCGAAAUUAGGACCGACUGUGCGCCAGUUUCAGUCGCUGGUCGGCUCGCUGCUCUGGGUGGCGCGCUGCACGCGCCCUGACAUAGCGUUUGCGGUGCACAAGGUCACGAGACGAGCCCAUGCGCCUCGACUAGCAGACUGGAAGUUGGCUAAACGCAUCGCGCGAUACCUCAAGGGUACGGCGGCGCUUAAGAUCACGAUGAUCCCAGAAGACAAUUUAGGUGCGGCGAUGCGACUAGAAGCGUUUAGCGACGCCGACUUUGCCGCCGACAAGACGGACCGGAAGUCGAUGACGGGCGGCAUCGUGAUGCUGAACGGGAUGGCCGUCAGCUGGGGUGCGCAGAAGCAGGGAGGCGUCUCCCUGUCGACGAUGGAGGCGGAAUUUGUCGCGGCGAGUGAAGUCGCGCGCGAGCUGCUCGGCCUGCGCGAGAUGUUGUGCGAAAUCGCGGGAGAGGCAUCGUCGCUGAAGGCAAAACAUGUGGAUGUGCGCCUUAAGUUCCUUUGCGACUACUCGCGUCGCGGCAUCAUCACGGCGAGCUACGUCAGAUCGGAGCAGAUGCUCGCAGACCUCCUCACGAAGGCGUUGGACGCGACGAAGCUCUCGACACUGCGCGCACUCGUGCGCAUUGGUUAUGAAAAGGUCAAGGACGAUCAAGGGCGAUCAAGGAGCUCAGGGAUGGAGGAGCACAGGGACAAGGACAUUUGCAAGCUCAAGAAAUGGAACUGGUUUGAGGGCAAGUCACGACCGAGGAGGAGUGUUGGAAUGUUGGAAAUGGGUGCAAGGAGUGACAAGCAGGAUAGUGACCCGAGUAGAGCCAGAAUGCGUGUGAGAUGGAUGAAUGGAGCAGAGGGCUUUGGCGAUCAUGGCAGAGAAGAGAGAACUAGUAAGGAAAUACAACAGAAUCUUAUUGUUCACCUAACGCUUCCUUCUCGCAACACGCAUCUUGCCUACAAUAAGUACCAAAGUGCACAGGAGAACCACAAGUCAAGGUAG